UAUAGUGUGACUUCCAAAAUCAGUCAUCUUUCCUUUUAUGCUCAGUCUGUAUGGAAGUACAUCAACAGUGCAGUAGGUUCUUCUGUGAUGUGUUUGCAGCAAUGCAGGAUUUCAUAAUCAACCUGAACUACUUUCAUUUUCGAAACGUCACUGGAGGAGGAACAGAGACAGCUUUUGUGGGCUGCUCCUCCAGGAAGACUUUAGAAGUACUUCCGGCCAUCCCUGCUCUGGACAUUCAAUGUUUGACAUUCCUUAACACCAGUUGUGUUGCUGCCGUACGAGGUUGGGAGACCUUUGCAAAAAGCCCCAGAGAAGCUCGGUUUGCAGGACCUGCGCUGACCAGUGAUGGACCCGCUGGAUUUCCUGGAGCCUGCUGAGCUGCUUAGCUUUUUCCACUGUCGUAAAACUGAAAUGUCCUGCAUGGAAAACCCGCAGACCUUCCUGUGUCAGCUCAGGGAUCACAACCUGAUUCCGGAAGACAGAUACCAGAAGAUGAUCCGGAUGAAGAGUAAAAAUAAUAUGAGGAAAGCUGUUUAUGAAGUUUUAGACUGGCUUGAGAGAGAGAAGUCAGACCACAUCCCGUUGUUCUGGAGAUGUGUCUUCAAGGAGGUUAUUGUGAACCAGUAUCCCAUUCUGAAGCUGCUGCACACAAGCCUCAUGGAUGGAUCUUUCCACUUUGACUCACAACUACCCAAGAGGGUGGAAAGCGAAGAAAGCGACGAAAGGGGGAGCUCCAAGCUUUUAGACAGCGAGGAGAAGCAAGCUAGGUCCACCAAAAAGAAGAGGAAAGUCAGAAGCGGGAGCAUUUGCAGCGACAGUGACGAUGUGCAACCUGGUCCGUCAAAGAAACAGACUCUAAGUCCGAAGAAAAAACCCAAGAAAAUACUUUUCUCUUCUCCUAAGAAAAACGAGAUGAGUGAGAUUUGGACAUGGCCUCUCUAUAAGACCCAGUUGCCUGUGACCUGUGGAGAGGUGGAGGGGAUGCUCAAACGAGACAAGUUGACUAAAGGCGAGAAAUGCAUUCUGGUGGGUAAAGAGUGGUUCACUCCCUCUGAAUUUGAGAGGUUCGCAGGGAAAGAAAGCAGCAGAAACUGGAAGCAAAGCAUCCGAUGCGGAAACAGCACUUUGGGAAAACUUAUUAAGGCAGGGCACCUGAACGCAGCGGUCUACAAGAAAAGAAGCAAACCCGUAAAAGCAAAACAAAAAUAACAAAUAAAGAAAUCCUAAAUAUUUCUGAUUCACCUAUUCUUUUCUCAUCCAUAUCUAUACUUGCCUUUUCUGCAGGCCAAAAAAUCCCAGUUUUCUACCAGACAUUUAAACACAGAUGAAGAGGACAGUACGGAUGAAGAGGCUACCCUGGAGGCACAGGACUCAUCCGGAGAAGCCACAG